GGCGCAUUGGCAGAGGAAGGAGAUGGGCGUGCAUAUCAUCCUACACUGAUCUCAUCCUGUCCUGUUAAAAUCCCGAUUUAUCCCAACAUUCUUGAAAGUAUUUUUCAUCUCGGUCACAAUAUAAAGGUGUCACAACUCAAGCCCUUCCAUUUUUACCAUUUGACAAUAUCCUGUGAUUUAGUAUAAUGUCUCACCAAACUGGCAUUAAAGCCAACAACGAAUUAAAAGAGUUUUUCGGCCGUUGCCGCGAUGGUAGUAUUCGUGCAUUAAAAAUCUCGAUAUGUGACGAGCAGCUAGCCCUUGCGACAAGCGUUAAAGAUAAACGUAGCUAUACAUGGGAUAAAUGCUUUGAUCAAGUUGUCGGGUCCUUAGUCGAAGAAAAUCAACCCUGUUACAUUCUGUAUAGGUUAGACACGAAAAGCGACUUGGGGUACGAGUGGCUGUUUAUUAGUUGGUCACCAGAUACCGCUCCAGUUCGUGAAAAAAUGCUGUACGCCUCUACCAAAGCUACCUUGAAACAGGAAUUUGGCAACGCACAAAUUAAGGAAGAAAUACGAGGAUCGAUAAUGUCGGAAGUUACAUUGGACGGUUACUAUAAAUUUAAAAAAGCAGCAGUAGCACCCGCACCCUUGUCAUCACGAGAAGAGGAAAUACAAGAAAUGAAACGAAACGAGGUGCACACCGAUUAUAGUAUUACAUCCAAGCAGCAGACCUUAGGAGGUGUUACAUUUCCGAUUACAUCCGAAGCGGAGGCGGCCAUUUUAGAUAUGGCCCGCAAUAGUUACAAUUAUCUACAGUUUAGGAUAGAUGUCGAAGAAGAAAAAAUUCAUCUGGUAACUUCGGAGAAUGUAAAUGUCGACAAGUUAGCCUCAAAGCUACCGAAAGAUUCCCCCAGGUACCUUUUGUACAACUUUAAGCAUACGCACGAAGGUGAUUACAUGGAAAGUAUAGUAUUUAUAUAUUACAUGCCCGGAUAUAGUUGCUCAAUUAAGGAAAGGAUGUUGUAUUCCAGCUGUAGCAAUCCCUUUACUGCUACUAUCGGUAGCCUAGGCGUAGAAAUAGCAAAAAAAAUUGAAAUUGACACGGAUUCGGAAUUAACAGAGAAGAACUUAUACGAAGAGGUUCACCCUACAAAAAAUUUACAUCGUCCUAUUUUUGCUAAACCUAAGGGACCCCCGGGACGUGGUCCGAAGCGUAUGAUCAAGAGUCAAAAUAGUUAAUUCAUUCACUUUAUACCUAGUGCUUUAUUUUUGUAUUGGGUUCUUAUUUAUUAUGUAUGUUUUGUUACUUUUUGCUCUUAUGGAAUAUAUUCUUGCCUAUGU